AUGGAAAGAGGAAAUUACAGCCAAGUGACCGAAUUUAUUCUCUUAGGAUUUUCCACAGACCCUAUUGUACAGGUUCUGCUCUUUCAUGUCUUCUUGAUCCUGUAUAUGACCACAGUGGCAGGGAACCUUCUGCUCAUGGUGGCCGUGAGAUCCGAUCAUCGUCUACACAGUUCAAUGUAUAUCUUUCUGGCCAGUCUGUCAUUCCUGGACAUCUGCUUCACUUCCAUUACCAUUCCCAAUAUGCUCAGCAAUUUCCUGAGAGCAAAGAAAAGUAUUUCCUACGCGGGUUGCUUGGUUCAGGUAUAUAGCUUCCUUCUCUUUGGUGAGACAGAGUGUGUUCUUCUGGCCUUCAUGGCUUACGAUCGAUAUGUUGCCAUCAGCAAUCCCUUGCGUUACAGUGUGGUUAUGAGGACAACGGCUUGUGUUAGAAUGAUAGGCGUUUCAUGGUUGACCGGAGCCGCCAUAUCAUCGGUUGACAUAUACUUUCUUUGUACACUACGAUUUUGCACAUUCACCACAAUUGACCACUUCUUCUGUGAAGCUCCGUCAUUGAUGAAUCUCUCCUGCAGUGACCUCUACCUAAUUAAUGUGGUCAAGCUGGUUGGGAGUUCCAUAUUACUCCUGGUUCCUCUACCAUUUAUUCUCUAUUCAUACAGUCACAUCAUCCUGGUCGUCCUAAGGAUCCGGUCCAGAAGAUACAAGGCUUUCUCCACUUGCACCUCCCACCUUAUCAUAGUCAUCCUCUUCUAUGGCUCGGCCAUUAUCAUGUAUAUGAAGCCUGAACACUCGGGGCACUUAUCCGAUAAACUCUUGUCUAUGUUUUAUACAACAGUCACCCCAAUGUUAAACCCCCUCAUUUAUAGCUUGAGAAAUAAAAAUGUCCAAGUGGCCAUUCGAAAUUAUGGGAGAUCUGUGGUUGUAUCCAAUCCUCAUAUUUUGGGCUCGGUAUAA